GGAAGGUAUAAGAAGAGAUGCGGACAGGGGAGGGGGGCGAUGGAAAGAGGGGGUGCGGGGCCGAGGGGCAGGCGCUGACAGCUGCUUUCCCCGCACCCACAGUCCCCUCCCCCGGUGCCGCCGUGGGGUGGGACUCCCCGGCGGGGCACUGUCUCCCGUCCUCCUCCCCGCGCCCGGCUCCUAGGGUGGGUUUUGGGGCGGUCGUGAAGGGGGCGGCAGGACUCCCCUACCCGACGGCGCGUUCCGGACGCAGCCCCGCGGCCGGCGGCACCCCCGGGACCAUGCCCCGGCUGGGCGAGGGCUGCCCGGCGGCGGCCCCGCGCCUCGUCUCUGCUGCCGCUGCCGUCCUCCUGGGUUCCCUCUGCCUCCCGGGGGUUCUGGCCUCCUCCCUGCUCACAGGGUCCGUUGCAAAGUGUGACAACGAAGGGGAGAUUCUGCAGAUACCAUUUAUCACAGACAACCCGUGCAUCGUGUGCGUUUGCCUGAACAAGGAGGUGACAUGCAGGAGGGAGAAGUGUCCUGUGCUUUCCAAGGACUGUGCCCUGGUCAUUAAGCAGAGAGGAGCUUGCUGUGAGCGUUGCAAAGACUGCAGUUUGGGAGGCAAUACCUACAACAGCUCUAUGAAAUGGCACCUCCCUGGCAACCCCUGCAUUACCUACCAGUGCCAGGAAGGAGUGAUAGUGGAGUCAGAGGUGCAGUGUGUGGUUCAUUGCAAAAACCCUUCCAAAGUCCUGGGAAUGUGCUGUCCUGUGUGUCCAGGUUGCAUAUUUGAAGGAAGAGUUUACAACGAAGGAGAAGAAUUCAGGCCUGAAGGAAAUAAAUGCACCAAGUGCUCUUGUAUUGGUGGCAGGACGCAGUGCAUCCGAGAAGUCUGCCCCAUUCUCUCAUGUCCCCAGCACCUCAGUCACAUUCCUGCUGGACAGUGUUGCCCCAAAUGCUUAGGACAGAGGAAGGUGUUUGACCUCCCAUUUGGAAGCUGCCUCUUCCACAGCAACGUUUAUGAUAAUGGAACCUCAUUUGCUUAUGACAACUGCACGCUGUGCACAUGCAAGGAUUCCACAGUGAUAUGUAAGAAGAGGUGCUUGCUUCCUGGGGAGUGCAAUAAAAACAAGGACCACUGCUGCAAGGAGUGUGUCUCCUACAUCUCUCCUGAGGAAGUGAAAGUGUGCAAGUUUGGCAACAAAAUCUUCCAGGAUGGAGAGAUGUGGUCCUCUGUCAACUGCACCAUCUGUGCUUGUGUGAAAGGCAAGACAGAGUGUCGCAAGAAGCAGUGUGUUCCAGUCAACAGCUGUCCUCAUGGUAAAAUCCUGAACAGGAAAGGAUGCUGCCCCAUCUGCACUGAAAAGCCUGGCGUGUGCACUGUCUUUGGAGACCCUCACUACAACACUUUUGACGGACGGACAUUUAACUUUCAGGGAACAUGUCAGUACGUUUUGACGAAAGACUGCUCCUCCUCUGCCUCACCCUUUCAGGUGCUGGUGAAAAACGAUGCCCGCCGGACCCGCUCCUUCUCCUGGACAAAGGCAGUGGAGCUCGUGCUGGGCAGGAGCACCAUCAGCCUCCAGCAGCACCUCACCGUGAAGUGGAACGGGACCCGCAUCUCCCUGCCCUGCGAGACGCCGCACUUCCAGAUCGAUCUGGAUGGCUACUUGCUCAAAGUCACAACCAAAGCAGGCUUGGAAAUCUCCUGGGAUGGAGACAGCUUUGUGGAAGUCAUGGCUGCCCCCCACCUGAAGGGCAAACUGUGUGGUCUGUGUGGCAAUUACAACGGGCACAAGCGAGACGACCUGAUUGGAGGGGAUGGGAAUUUCAAGUUCGAUGUGGAUGAGUUCGCGGAGUCCUGGCGGCUGGAGACCAAUGAGUUCUGCAGCCGCCCGCACAGGAAACCCCUGCCCGAGCUCUGCCACGGCACAGUCAGGGUGAAGCUCCGAGCACACCGGGAAUGCCAGAAGCUCAAAGGGUGGGAGUUCCAGAGCUGCCACUCAACGGUGGAUUACACCACCUUCUACAGGUCCUGUGUGACAGACAUGUGCGAGUGCCCUGUCCACAAAAACUGCUACUGUGAGUCAUUCCUGGCAUAUGCCCGAGCCUGCCAGAGGGAAGGGCUCAAAGUCCAGUGGGUACCGGAGCAGAACUGUGCAGCCACCCAGUGCAAACACGGUGCAGUGUACGACACCUGUGGCCCAGGAUGUGUCAAAACCUGUGACAACUGGAACGAGAUUGGCCCCUGCAACAAGCCCUGCGUGGCAGGCUGCCACUGCCCAGCAAACUUAGUCCUCCACAAAGGCAGAUGCGUCAAGCCAGUCCUGUGCCCGCAGCGAUGACCUGACCUUGCCUCCCCUUCCCACGGACACUAACUCAGAUGCUCACAGCCAGUGGAGGACUCCAGCUACCCACAGAGUGUAAAUGUGCCCCUGUGUGUGUGUGUGUGUGUGUGUUUCUGUGUGUCCCUGUGCACGCACCUGGCACCUGGACCGCUCUAACAGGGACAGCUGCGCGUGUCUGGGCGCACAGAGCUCGACACAAGUGCCCUAACCGUAAGUCCAGCUCCUGUCUCUCUUCUGUGUCCACACACACACAGAUCUCCAUUUCUACACAGCAUAAAAGGUUGAAUUAUUAUUAUUAUUAUUAUUAUUAUAUGUAUAUUUUUUGCUAUAAAGUUUAUGUAUUGUUGUUAUUAUUUCUAGGGUCCCCUGCUCUGUAAGCCAUUGUAUAAAUAAACCAGGUGGUUUUAAUAUAA